AUCCGACAUGGCUCAGUCGGGUUCGAAUCGCCGGGCGCGCGCGUGCGUACCACCGAGCCAUGCUCGCGUAGACACAAAGACAAGCCACCAUGCUCGUGCCUCCGGAGAUGAUGGCGGCCCAAUCCAAACUAGUCUACCAGAUGAACAAGUACUACAAUGAAAGAGUCGCCAAUAGAAAGGCGCAGAUCGCAAAAACUAUACACGAGGUCUGCAGAAUCGUUCAAGAUGUCCUCAAAGAGGUGGAGUUGCAAGAGCCGAGGUUCAUCUCGUCCCUCACGGACUACAACGGCAGAUUCGACGGUUUGGAAGUCGUCUCGCCCCAUGAAUUCGAAAUCGUCAUUUACUUGAAUCAAAUGGGGGUCCUCAACUUUGUCGACGACGGGUCUUUGCCGGGCUGCGCCGUACUGAAGCUCAGCGAUGGCAGGAAACGCUCUAUGUCUCUCUGGGUGGAAUUCAUCACCGCUUCAGGAUAUUUAUCAGCAAGGAAAAUCCGUUCGAGAUUCCAAACGUUGGUCGCGCAGGCUUGCGACAAAUGUUCCUACAGAGAUUGUGUCAAAAUGAUUGCGGAGACCACUGAAGUGAAAUUGCGAAUUCGGGAGCGAUAUAUCGUUCAAAUUACGCCGGCUUUUAAAUGCGCUGGCCUUUGGCCUAGAUCAGCUGCUCAUUGGCCACUGCCAGCUAUACCCUGGCCGCAUCCGAACAUCGUCGCCGAAGUCAAAACUGAAGGUUUCGAUUUGCUAUCAAAAGAAUGCCUGGCACUACAAGGGAAAAACUCCGCGAUGGAAGGCGAUGCUUGGGUAUUAAGUUUCUUUGAGGCUGAAAAUCGUCUACUUCAAGGGGGAUGCCGGAGAAAAUGUUUAAGUAUUCUCAAAACAAUACGAGAUCGGCAUUUAGACCUUCCUGGCAACCCGGUCACAUGCUAUCACAUGAAAACUUUGCUCCUGUAUGAAUGCGAGAAGCAUCCAAGAGAACACGAAUGGGACGAGGCUGCUAUAGGAGAUAGGAUCAAUGGGAUCUUCCUCCAACUGAUAUCUUCGCUCCAAUGCCGUAGAUGUCCACAUUACUUUCUCCCACACGUAGAUCUGUUCAAAGGAAAGUCACCGACGGCCUUGGAAAACGCCGCGAAGCAAGUUUGGAGGCUAACGAGGGAAAUGUUGACAAAUUCGAGAGCAUUUGAAAAAUUGUGAGCGCUUCUUCCGUUCUGUGAGCCUAGUAACGUGCAGUGGUUAUCCUAUUAUUUUUAUAUUCGUCACUGAGUCAUUUGUAGUUUAGGAGAUGCAUUUCUUGUGAGUUGAAUCCAAUAGGAAGUGUAUACGCGAACGUAAUGUGACUUGUAUGUAUGAUUUUGUUCUGUGAGUCUCGAAAUUCCAUUUGGAGCGGACUGACUGUAAGUAGAAGUGAUACUACUAAUACACUAGGGACUUAUAUUAUUUUGUGAUAUACUGUAAAUAGCUUAUUGUUGUACAAUUUUAGUGAUAUAUUUAAUUUAAAAAUAUCUUGUAUUUAUUUGACUGAAAUCUUAUAAAGUAGGCAUAAUAUCAUUAAUAUAAUAUUUAGAAA